AUGAAAAUGUCUGCUUUAUCGCUUGUAGCCAUUUCCGCGCUCUUGGCGCCGGUUACGGGCCAAGCUUUCACUCCAGUAGGCAGCCCCUCAGUCAAUAUAACUGGAGCUCCGUCAGUAUGGGCUUCAGUUGCCAUGAUCAUGCAUGGCGAGCGCACGCCUCUCCGCAGCAAUCUCGCUGGCGCUCUCACUCCGUACGGGGCUCAGCAGCUCUACGCUCAGGGAAGUGCCUUCAGGACGCGAUAUCUAGCUGGCACCACCUUCACCAAUGAAACCGAGGACAAGAUCACGUACCGUGCUCCGAUUAGAGACAUCUCUCGAAAUGUCAUCGAGCACCCGCAGCUGCAUAUCCUGUCCGUCCCCGAUGCGCACAUUUCCUCCAGCGCUGCCGCCUUCAUGCAGGGUCUCUAUCCACCGAUCCCCCAGGCAUUUUCCGACGACGCCGGCGGAAAAAAUAUCUCGUACUCGACGAUUUCUGAGAACUUCACUCAGUACCCCCUGGACGGCUACCAGUAUCCAGUUAUUCAGACUGUCGGCUUGUUGGACGAGAGGUCGAUAUACCUCCGCGGAAACGCAGAGUGUACUCAAUGGGAUGUCUCGACUCGGAACGAUAGGACACAAAAUACCGACAUACGCAAGCUCUACGAUAGCAGUUUAUCCUCGUACCAGGCGCUUUUUAGUAAAUCUCCUUUAAAUGAUGGUGUUAUCCCCUUGACGCACGCGAACUUCUGGGACGCGUACAACAUCUGGGAUUACGUCCGCUACCGCUACACGCACGAACAGGCUGUACACGAUGCUAUGAUGGCUACCUAUAAUAAGGACAGCCAGUUUCUGCAGCUGUAUAGCAGACAGCAGCAGCUGGCCUUAUACUCGGACACUCAGUCGUCCGGCCUGAAGGAAGGCGACAUGAUCCGAACAGUCGCCGGCAGGACCUUUGCGAGGAACGUGGUAGAGAUGCUCUCGGCCAACGGCAACUUUAAAGGGUACUCACACAAAAUGACGCUGAUGUUCAGCUCCCAGGAGCCCUUCUUGUCGUUUUUCACUCUCGCCAAGCUCCAGAGGCAAGGUGUUCCGACAGACAGCCCCUUCUGGAACGUCCCAGAACCCGGCGCCGCCAUGGUUUUCGAGUUGAUCGGCGACGAGCCCAAUAAUUACGACUCAUACCCGAAAGAAGAAAAUCUUUACGUCCGUUUCAUGUAUCGCAAGAACGCCGACCCCGAAACCCCUUUUGAAGAGCACGCGCUCUUCGGCUCGACCGCUGCCGAGCCUCGUGUGACGUUCAGCUACUUUAAGCAGGAAAUGCUGAAGUUCGGCGUCGACAUCUCGGAGUGGUGCGCCAUGUGUGAAGCCAACUCGCCCUUCUGCGGAGUGUCGAGAGAAAAGAACUCGGCAGGAGGUGACUCCAUCCGAUCGGCCGUGAAGAAGCCCGUUGUUGCGGGAAUCAUCGGCGCAGCCAUCAUUCUUGCCGUUCUCGGCCUGGUUGUCUUGGCAGCCGUUCUUGGCGGUUUCCGGAUCCGGCGUCAGCGCAAGGGCGGAAACAAAGGCGGCGCCGACGCUUCCGGCCUCGGCAGUCUCAAGGCCGCUGAGAAGAGGGCCAGCGAUCCUGACCUGUCCGUAUCCAGACAGGGCGUGAAGCAUGCGCGACAGGGCAGCUGGGAGAUGAAUGAGGGGCAUGACGUCGCCACCGGCCUUGUGGGCGCUUCCAUGACCAAGAGCUCUGCAAGUUAUCGGUCAAUGUCUAUUGACAGUACGGGUAGUACCUUGGGUGGCUUGCCAGUGUGCCCGAGGGAGCAUUUCUAA